CAGGGCAUGUUCGCUGCUAUUACGUGAGUCCCACCUCCUGAUUCAAGGAUGAAAGAUAAGCCGUCUGUUCGAGUUCAGAUGGGAGGGCGGAGUCCCAACUGGUCAACUGCAAAUCACAACAUGCACCCGUUGAUACUCGGUAACUAACAAACCUCCAGUCCCGCGCUUGCCCUGGGCGCCAUUGCCGACCGCGGCCGCAUUCUUCCCGCCAUGGUCUUUGCCUUCAUCUGGGCCACCAUUGUCUACGACCCCAUUGCCUACUGGACUUGGAACUCCAACGGCUGGCUGUUCACCCUCGGCUCCCUUGACUUCGCCGGAGGUACCCCCGUCCACAUCUCCUCCGGUGCCGCCGCCCUCGCCUACUCUCUGAUGCUGGGCAAGCGCACCGGUUACAACAAAGUCCACGGCCUCCCCUACCGCCCCCAUAACGUUACCCAUGUCGUCCUCGGAACCGUGUUCCUCUGGGUUGGCUGGUUCGGCUUCAACGGUGGCUCCGCCCUUGCCUCUAACCUUCGCGCCGUCAUGGCCUGCUUCAACACCAACCUCGCCGCCGGUGUCGGCGGUGUUACCUGGAUGCUGCUCGACUACCGCCUCGAGAAGAAGUGGUCCACCAUUGGCUUCUGCUCCGGUGCCAUCGCCGGCCUCGUCGCCAUCACACCCGGUGCCGGUUUCGUCACCCCCUGGGCCUCCGUCAUCUUCGGUAUUGUCGGUGGCACUGUUUGCAACUUCGGCACCAAGCUCAAGUUCGUGCUCGGUAUUGACGACGGUCUGGACAUCUUUGCUGUCCACGGCAUCGGUGGUAUGGCCGGCAACAUCCUCACCGGUAUCUUUGCUGCCUCCUACAUUACUGCCCUCGACGGUGCUUACACUGGCGAGAACGCGAUUGCUGGCGGGUGGAUCGAGCACAACUAUGUUCAGCUCGGCUACCAGCUCGCUGGCUCCGUCGCCGGCUUCACCUGGUCCUUCGUCUUGACGUCCCUUAUCCUCUUCCUGAUGAACUUCAUUCCCGGCCUCAGCCUCCGUGUCAACGCCGACGAUGAGGAUCUCGGCCUCGACGACUGCCAGCUCGGCGAGUUUGCCUACGAUUACGUCGAAGUCACCCGCCACGUUUCCGACCUUUCGCCGAGCAGCCACGACGGUGUCCCUGGCAGCUCCGCCGACAGCUCCCUCCCCGAGAAGACCGUCUAAGGAUUCCUUAAACACCUCAAAUCAUCUCAACGUCACUAUAAGAAUGCGCUUGUUUGCCGGUUGGUUAACCGGAGGCUAGAAAAAGAGGAGCGGCCAUUAUACAUAAUACUCAUAUUCACACUUUUGCUUUGAUACCACACCACCUUGGAAACUCGCUUGCUAGAUAUCCUACCUAACCUAACUGUUGAGAUAUUCAAUGAAUUACAUUGGUACAA